AAAGGAGUUCUCUUAGGCGGGGAUAUCCAUAGGACAACUGCACUUUCAAACCUGUUAGAAAUGUGUGUAGGACCAAGCCCCAACUGUCCGUUCUUCUUGACCUUUCAGUAACAGACAAGAGCAUUUUCCUAAAUGGGUAGACUUAGCAGUAAUUUGGGGGAUGGGCAAAAGUAUCAACAUCAAGGUAAAACGAGUAUCUUCCUAAUACGCAUCAGGCAUUUUGAGAGGAGCUGGUGCUAAACCAGGGAAGCAAAUCAGGUGUUCCCACCCGGGACCUCUGGAGCUUCAGGAGAGGAGACCCUGCAGAGACCAGUGUGGCAGAGGAAGGCUUCCUAGGGAAAGUGAAGAAGGGGCGCCCCAGGCCGACUCAGUAGUAGCCACUGACUAUUUACAACCCCGGACCCUUCGGACGGCUCAGUUUACCAUCCAGCUCCUGCUCCCACCCAAUUCCUUCUAGAGGUGGGAGUGGACGUGCAUUAUUUUAAUUCCCCCAUACCAGAGCGAAAUCGGGUGGUGCCCUGAGUCAGAUUCUCAGACCAGGGGUGAGUGGCCCCCGGCAGCGUGUGAUGGGGGUGAUGUGCGGGUCCUGGUGACGCGAAGGAGUCCGGGGGCGGCGGGCUGCGAAGUGACGCGCGUUGGGACCACGCCACCCAAGCCCACGUGUGCACAAGAUUUAAAAGUUGGUGGCGCGCUAGGCGCGUUCAGUGGUCGGACCCACGAGCUGAGCUCCAGGGACGCGGAGGCAUCACCAGGGAGCCAAGGCUGCAGGCGCAGAGUCCCAAGUCCAGAAGUCGGAGCUGCCCUGAAGCGCCGAGAUGUCGCGAUCCACCAGCCGCCGUCCCGGGCCACCCCCGGGACAUGUGUUUGUGGUGUCCCCGCUCCUGCUGCUGCUGCUCGCCUGGUGCGCGGGCGCCUGCGGAGGUGCUCCAAUAUUUCCUCAAGGACUCCAGCCUGAACAAGAACUACAAUUGUGGAAUGAGAUAGACGAUGCUUGUUCAUCUUUUCUGUCUGUUGAUUCCCAGACUCAGGCAUCCACUGCACUGAAGGAGUUUUGCUUUAUGGUGAUGGGAAUUCUACCAAAGCCCCAGGAACAAGAUGAAAAAGAUAAUGCUAAACGGUUCUUAUUUCAUUAUUCGAAGACACAAAAGUUGGGCAAUUCAAAUGUUGUGUCAUCUGUCGUGCAUCCGUUGCUGCAGCUCGUUCCUCAACUGCAUGAGAGAAGAAUGAAGAGAUUCAAAGUGGACGAUAAGCGGCACGCAUACGCUCGGCUAGCCACGGUACCCGCCAGGUGUGUGCAGGAAGAAUUCCAAAGUCCUUUUGCAAGUCGAAGUAAAGGAUACUUUUUAUUUAGGCCACGUAAUGGAAGAAGGUCAGCAGAUUUUGUUUAAAAUGAUGCCCACUAAUUUUUCACAGAAACAAUAAUAUGGGAUAAAAAAUGUACUGACAUCAUUUUGCUUUCUUCUCAAAAACAGUCCUUCCUAAGUUAAUUCUGUUGAAAAUUCCUGUAUUGUAAACAUUCUCAGUAAAAGUUGUAAUUGUAAAUGUUUGAUUUGUUGAAAAUAAAGCAUAUUAAAGUGUU